CUUCUAAUACAUAAAUGCUUACUUGUGAAAAUUUGGCAAAUCUUCUUCCAGACAGAAAUUCAUCAUCAGUGAAGCUCCUCCCACAAACCCUGCAGAAUGAAACACACUGAAGAUACUGAAGAACAAACAGAUUUGAAUGAAAAAAUCAAGAUAGAAGAACUGAGUGAAGUUGAGGUGAAGAAUCAUGCUAAAACUGGAGAAAAUCCUUUGCGUUGCUCUCAAACCAAACAGAAAGCUUUAAAGAAAAGAGGCCCCAAGAAAUCAUUCACCUGCACUCAGUGUGGAAAGAGUUUGACAAACAAACAUCAUGUUGUGCUUCACAUGAGAGUUCACACUGGAGAAAAACCAUUCACAUGUGAUCAGUGCGGGAAGAGUUUCGCAAGAUCAGCAAACCUUAAGAGACACAUGAAUGUCCACACAGGAGAGAAACCUUACAAGUGUUCACACUGUGACAAGAGAUUCAGUCGGUCAUCAAAUCUGAAAACACACAAGAGGAUCCACACUGGAGAGAAACCACACACAUGUGAUCAGUGCGGGAAGAGUUUCACAAUAAAAGGACGUCUUAGAGACCAUAUGAGGAUCCACACCGGAGAGAAACUUUUCACUUGUGAUCAAUGCGGGAAGAGUUUCACACAAUCAUCAAACCUUAAAGAUCACAUGAACAUCCACACCAGAGAGAAACUGUACUCAUGUGAUGAAUGUGACAAAACAUUUUUGAGGACUUCAGAUCUGAAAAAACACCUGAGAGUUCAUUCGAAUGUGAAGCCACACUCAUGUCAUUUGUGUGGAAAAAGCUUUUCAUGUUUAGAAAAUGCAAAAAAACAUCAGAAAAUACAUACUGGUGUGAGAGAUCAUGUGUGCUUUGAGUGUGGGAGGACUUUUACUACAGUUGAACAUUUAAAACUGCACUGGAGGAUUCACACUGGAGAGAAACCUUACAAGUGUUCACACUGUGUCAAGAGAUUCAGUCGGUCAGGAACCCUGAAAAUACAUGAGAGGAUUCACACUGGAGAGAAACCUUACAAGUGUUCACACUGUGUCAAGAGAUUCAGUGCUUCUGGAGACCUGAAAACACAUGAGAGGAUUCACACUGGAGAGAAACCGUAUCACUGCACUGAAUGUGGGAAGCGUUUUAAUUAUGCAUCUUCUCUACACAUUCAUACAAAAAAACAUUCACAGUAAUUCGAUCAUCUUAAGAUCCAGCACUUUCAGAUGUCCUCAACAAAUGAGACACAAUAAUUCCUCACGCAAUAAAAUAUAAUCUGGAUAAAUGUCAUUACAAGUGACAUGACAAAGAAAUAUUACAUUAAGGUUUCACAGUGAAUAAAGUUCAUUUUCAAAACCAGCAUAUUUAACUCUGUGAUUCAGACUUGUAUAUCAUUUUGUUUCAUGCAAUAAAUGAUAUCAUUGCAUUUUAUUAUGAGUUUCAUAUUAUGUUCAAUUGUCUUAUAAUGCAUGUCACAGAUUCAGAUCAAAACAAAAGCUCUAUUCGGACAGUAAAUGUUUUUUCCUGUACCUUGAGAUUGAAAUGAUGACGGACUCAUGAAGCAGUGGAAGUUCAUUCAUCAUUUCUGUGUUGUGAAGCUCAAGUAUGAUGGGCCUCAAAUUUAGACCCGAGCCUGCCCCUUCUCCCAAAACCGCUUAUACUGCUGUUUAAACUAUUAAAAAUAGUUCAGUUUUCUAUGUAAUGGCAAAAGUGAUUAAUUUGUUUCAGUUGUUAAGUUAAUUUUGAAAAAUGUUUGGAGCACUUUUUGUUUGUUAAAUAUAAGU